UUUUGAGAAUGGCAGCGUGUUCCAAACAUUGCUGGGUUUGACUGCAGCAGAGGAGGACAUGAUAGAGAGAGAGAGAGCAGUAGUGAAGGCAGAGGAGGAGGGCUUUGGUUAGUCUGCGAGCGACCAGUCAGCGAGCCUUCCCUUAUCUACCAAUGGAAUGCACCAGCUGCUGCCUGUGAGCGCGUGCUGUUCGGUCAGUGUGUUUGUAAAGGGGGAGGGGGGACGGUCAUGGUGGGCCAGCAGGAACCCCCCUGAAAGACCCCCAACUCUCAACCCCCCGCGUUCUCUCGCAGCCGGGCUCCUGAAAGACAGCGCAACCAAACACAAGCGUGAGAGACACAGAGAGAGCGAGAGACUCGACAGAGCGGCACACUCCGAGACGGAGAGAGAGAGAGAGAGAAAGAGCAGAAAGUAAGGGAAGUGGAGCAGGGAGCCUCGGAGGGGGCUGAGGAGGUGAGCGAAGGGUGAAAAAGGAAGAGAGGCGAGGGAAAGACAAAAGAGAGGGAAAUGGCUUCGGAGGAGACCGCUGGAGGAGCUCGCAAAGCCACCAAGAGCAAACUAUUUGAGUUCCUCGUCCAUGGAGUGCGGCCCGGCAUGCCAUCAGGAGCACGAAUGCCUCAUCAGGGGGCUCCAAUGGGGCCUCCAGGACCACCGUAUGGAGGAAGCCCUGCUGUCCGCCCUGGACUCACCAAUCAGGCCAUGGAAGCCAGUCGCAAACGGCCCGCUCCUUCACAGCAGCAGAUUCAACAGCAGCAGCAGGCAGCGCAGAAUCGAAACAGGAAGAAGCCUGUUGGAUGUCCUGGACCAAAUGAGAUGCCAGGGAGACAGAUGGACAUGAGAGAGGCCCAAUCAGAUCCCACACUCGGAUCAAAUGCCAAGAGGAGGAAGAUGGCUGAUAAGAUCCUUCCACAAAGGAUUCGUGAGCUUGUUCCAGAGUCACAGGCGUAUAUGGAUCUGUUGGCAUUCGAGCGUAAAUUAGACCAGACCAUAAUGCGCAAGCGGGUGGACAUCCAAGAGGCUCUUAAGAGACCUAUGAAGCAAAAGCGAAAACUGCGUCUCUACAUCUCUAACACAUUUAACCCUGCCAAGCCUGAAGCAGAGGACUCUGAAGGUAGCAUUGCAUCCUGGGAGCUGCGUGUGGAGGGCAAACUGCUGGAUGAUCCGGGAAAGAUGAAGAGGAAGUUCUCCUCAUUCUUCAAGAGUCUGGUGAUUGAGCUCGACAAAGACCUUUACGGCCCUGAUAACCAUUUGGUUGAGUGGCAUCGUACCCCAACCACUCAGGAGACAGACGGUUUUCAGGUGAAGAGGCCUGGAGAUGUGAACGUGCGCUGCACCCUGCUGUUAAUGCUGGAUUACCAGCCGCCUCAGUUUAAACUGGAUCCGCGUCUGGCUCGUCUGCUGGGAAUACACACACAGACUCGCUCCAGUAUCAUCCAGGCCCUCUGGCAGUACGUCAAGACCAACAAACUGCAGGACUCUCAUGACAAGGAGUACAUCAACUGUGACAAGUACUUCCAACAGAUCUUUGACUGUCCACGUCUGAAGUUCUCCGAAAUUCCACAGCGCCUCACCAACCUUUUGCUCCCCCCCGACCCUAUUGUCAUUAAUCACAUCAUUAGCGUGGACCCUAAUGAUCAGAAAAAGACUGCGUGUUAUGACAUUGAUGUAGAGGUGGAAGAUCCCCUUAAAGCACAAAUGAGCAGCUUCUUGCUCUCCACAGCCAACCAGCAGGAGAUUGCCUCUCUGGACAACAAGAUCCAUGAGACUAUUGAGUCCAUCAAUCAGCUGAAGAUCCAGAGAGAUUUCAUGCUCAGCUUCUCCAGAGGCCCCAAAGGCUACAUCCAGGACUGGCUCAAAUCCCAGAGCAGAGAUCUGAAGUUGAUGACAGAUGUUGUUGGGAACCCAGAGGAAGAGAGGACAGCAGAGUUUUAUCAUCAGCCUUGGUCUCAGGAGGCUGUUAGCCGUUACUUCUACUGCAAGAUCCAGCAGAGGAGGCAGGAGCUGGAGCAGGCCUUGGCCAUGAGGAACACCUAGAAUCACACCGACCACACUCAGAAAACAUGGCUCAGUUGUGACAACAUAGCCUCCACAUGGAGGCCCCUGCAUUAUUUUCUGCAGUGUAUGUGGGUUUAUGUGUGUGUCCGGUCAUCAUUGUUGUCACUGUGACCUACAAUCCACCAUUAUGGACCAAUCACACUCUGUUACUCCAACAAGCCCCUGAAGCCCCAUUGUGUAAUACAGUAUGUGCAUUUCAACCAAUCACGGUGCUGUGUCUUCCAUUCCUGGAUGAAAUCAUCUCACAAUGCACUACUGGAUUUCUGUUUUUUAAUUCCAAUCACAUCCACCAGCAUUUUGAACUUGAUGACUUCAGAGCCGGCUCAAUACACUAGACUGUGGAUCCAACGUGAUUCCGCUUUCCUUCCUUUCAGUCAAUUCCUGGUAUUCAAACACAUUUUCCCUGUUAAAUAACGUGUGUUUUGACUCAGGUAUUGAUGAUGUCUCUAAUUUAGUCCAUACUUGUACCAGUUUUUUUCUUGGGUAUUGAUCAAAAGGGUCAUUUUGAAUGUCUGUCAGUGUUGGGAAUCAGCGGAGCUACAAUAAUUAUCUCCAUUAGUAACACUUUUAUUUAGAAGUGUAUUUAUGAAGUACUUUGAGUCAGGCAGCUUAAAGAGAAGAAUCAUUCAGUAUUAACUGAACUGGUGGCUUACAGGGUUAUGUUACUCUCUGCUGUCUGUCCCUGCCUCAAUAAUGACAUCUAGCUGCAAUUCACUCGGGAGAGAAUGUGUUUUUUAAUUUUUUUUUUAUGUUUUGAUCAAUUUUCACUUUUUUUUUUUUUUUUUGAUUGAAUUGUGUAGUUGCUGUGUUUUGCCUUUGUAGGACAGUACUGACAUAGUCAUUAGUUCACUUUGAAGGAAUUUGAAAGGUCACAGUUUUUGAGAAGCUUUCACGUUUGAUGAAAAUGGGCCAUACCUGCAUGGUGUUAUUCAGUUAUUCAGAAAUAUAAUCCGUUCAUGACAUAUCAAAUACAGUUUCUGGGUCCAAGCCUUUACUUCAUUUGAAGUAAGAAUACAAUCUCACCUGCCGUUUAUGAGCACUGUACAUUAAUGGUACUCCUUUUAGCUAAGCUCCCAGUGUACACUACAGUCUCUGAAUCUCUGUCUGAAGCCAACUGAGAUUUCAGUAUGAACUUAAAGGUUAGGAACAUGAUUUUUCAGUAGUACUAUAGCACACCAUAAGUGUGUAUGUUUUUGGGAUCUGAAGGAGCAUCUGGACCCGGAUGUGUCAGACUGGAGCGGAUUAGUCAGAUCAGCAUUCAACUAUUCUUUAUGCUUCACCAAAACCUUUUUUGUGCACAUGACAUUACCAUGUUCUUGGAGAAGUUCCUCUGAAUCCUGCAUUAUUAUUAUUUGUUUAUCAAUUUCAAUAGUGUUGUUUAAAAUAACAGACUGUGAGCAUUCGUGUUUCUCGCUUAUGUGACCGUUUCACAGUUUUUUUUAAAGCAUUAGUGUCAUUUGAUGUUUUACCAAAGGUCUAAUUUACUUUUUUAAAAGAUAGUGUGCGUACUUUAACAUGAGGAAGGACUUUUUAAAAGAUGAAGGAUGCAUUUGUAUGGAAUACACAUUUUAAAUUCCCAUUUCUCCGUAGCUGUGAAAACAGUGCUUUUUAAAAAUGCUUUAUGACUCAUAGAGUCUUUGCACUAAAUCGUGGAACAUAACUGAGCGCUCUGAACACUUUCCAAGAAAUGAAGGAUGAACUAGGGAAUAAAUGUUGUGGAAUGUGGAUACUGCCAUCUGGUAUUACAGAUUGCUUUCAUCAUUGCAGCAUAGUCCUGAUUUCUUAUUGGCUUUGGGUUUUGAUCAUUAACCCUCUAGACUCCUUCUUUACUGUCAGCUGAAGGAUGCUUUUUCCAGAUCAAUUGUUCUGAGUUCUUGCAGUUUGCCUGUGAUCCUCGCACAGUUUAUCACAAGGAAAGAGGAGUUCUGGUGACCGGGAUGUUGUCACUAAGUAUUUUUCAGACCUAUGCAUGCUGCAUGGACACGUUUUUAUACUUUCAUACAAGGACACGAGAAACCUUCGGACUGCUUGGGACUUGAUCAGAAAAGCACUGAGUUCCUUUAGUUUAGUAACCCUAUGUGUCUUGGUCACAGCCUCUACAUACAGGCUAUUUUGUCUUUUUUUGUCUUUUAAAAAGACUGAGCAAUUUAAUAUGUGGAUAAGAGAAGCGCACCAAUUUUUACAGAGCCUGUUGGGCAACAACAGCACCUCUCGUUGAAUCUUAUGGGUACUACAUGAAGAGUCAUCCAUUUUGAACAUUAUAAACUUGAAGUAUAACAUGUACUUGUGUGGCUACACUUUCUCAUAUGUAAAGUAACCUCUUCUCGAACUCUUGAAGCCACCAAAUGUGCUUUACCCGACCAUCCUGGGGUCAAGUGUUCAAUGUUACGUCUCUCUUGCUUCAAGUCAUAGCGUGGAUCAUGCUGCCCUCCAGUGCUUCUGUAAGGGAAAAUAUCCAAUAGUUUGGGUGCUAAAAAAUCAACACUUUACUGGUAUGGCUUAAAUUGAAUGGCACACAAGUAUUGAAGUAUUCAGUACCUGAGUUCUGCUGGGCUUUGAAAGCAGGUUUUGGUUAUAGUGUCCGUGUUAUUCCUUUGUUUGUUCAUAGAAGUACUUGCCAGCAGACAUCUGAACAAGCAGGUUUUAAUGAUCCACUGUUUUUUUUCUCUCUUUCUCACGGUCUGUAUAUGUUUGCUUUCUCAUCUUGUUUCACUGUUCAGCUAGAGAGAUCAAAACUACAGACGUACAUAUGUAGCAUAGUGAGGAUGUAAAUAAACAAGCGCUUGCCAAAGUUUGUGAAUGAAACACCAUAA